AUGAGCGGGGCGAGCGCGGUGAGUUCGCGCGUCGCGGCGUGUCGAGGCGCGAUUCGAGCCUCUACACGGGGCGCGCGCGAGUUCGAUGGCACGCGGCGACGCGAUGCGCGACAGGCUCGAAUGAAUGUCACGCAGGCGUCCGCGGCGCCGAGCGUCUCGGAGGAGCACGAGCGAUGGACGUACCUGCAAAGGCUGAAGAUUACAAACUUUGCUCUGGUGAGCGAGCAGACGGUUGAGUUCGAACGCGGGCUGAACGUGAUCACGGGGAAGUCGGGGUCGGGGAAGUCGGUGUUGUUGGACGCAAUCGCGCAGAUAUGUGGCUCGCCGGCGAAGGAAGAGAGCAUCAGGGCGGACACGAGCGGGGCGAAGCUGGAGGCGACGUUUCACGUGGCGACAGAGUCGCUGGGUAUGAUUUAUGACGUGGUGAACGAUCAAAUUACGUCCAUAGCAUCGAAGGAUGGGAAGAGCGUGAAACCGUUCGGGCCAGACAAGGAGGAUAAGAAUGCACUGAAGAUAUCGAGAGAGUUGCAGUACGUUGACUCGAACGGUAAGACAAAGCGCAUUCGCAGCGUUUGUCGCAUCAAUGGCCGCGUUGUGCCGCUCAAAGCGCUCAAAGCGCUGGGCGACAUUCUCAUGGAUUUCAACGGACAAGGAGCUGCGUCCACGCUCAGCGAUGAGGGCGCGCAACUGGCGCUUCUCGACGAGUGGGCGGGUACAAAGGUGUUGCGACAAAAGUUUGAACGCCUUUCAGAUGACUUGACCGCGCAAUUCAACAAGGUCAAGAACGCAGUCGAGCUCUUACCCGGCGAACGUGAAGAGCUGCAGGCUGAAUUAGAAGAGUACUACGCGGUCGAUCCGGAGCCUUUGGAAGACGUUGCUCUCAAGGCGGAGCUGAGAAGACUCGAGUCAAGUCGAGUCGCCGUCGAGAUGUGCGGGACUGUCAUCUCAACCAUCGCGGGCGAACAAGGCGCGAGAGGUCUCCUUCGUGAGGCUGCGCACGAAGUCAAGGGUCUGAUAGCGUCGGCCGAACGACGCGCAGAGAGCGCGGCGGCUUCCGCUCGCGCAGAUGGCGAUGAAGAUGCUGAAGCGGAACCAGGUCUCGAUGAAGCCUCCAUUCAAGGCUUGAACGCCGCGCUUGACCUCCUCUAUCAGGCAGAGAAAAUUGCCGAAGAGGCGGAAGAAAACGUUGGUAAGUAUGCAGAAUCUCUCGCGAGCUCGCCCCGCCGAAGAGAGGAGGCCCAAGCUCGCUUACGAGAAUUGGAGCGGUUGUUUAAGGCUCUGCGUGUUCGAUCAGCGGACGCUGCAAUUGAAGCCGCGCAAGAAGCGGAGCAGAGGCUUGAGGCUGCCGAGAUCGGCGAGGAAGAGCGCGAAGAAAACGUCGCCGAGUUAGCGCGACUGCGCAGAGCCGCAUCAGAUUGCGCGUUUCAGCUCGCUCUGCAACGCCGCGAAGCGGCUGGCGCGCUCAGAGGCGCAGUUACAUCGGCCCUCGCGGAUUUGGAAAUGGCUGGAAGUCGUUUCGACGUCACGCUCGCCUGGAGCCCGCGUGAGGGUGCGAGUGAAGAAACGAACGGCAAUGUUUUGCGCAUUCCGCGCGCGAACGAAAUCGGAGAGGACGAUAAGUUUGUCUACACUAUGCGUUCGACGGGUCUCGAUCGCGCUACAUUUUUGCUCGCAGCCGGUCAGAACGAACCUCUCAGACCCAUGGGAUCGAUCGCAUCUGGCGGUGAGAAGGCACGUCUUAUGCUCGCACUGAAGAUGGCGCCCGUGAUGACGAAUGAGCCACCCAGUCAAAAUCGCGGACUCGUCGGCGGCGGCGUGUCCGUCUUUGACGAGGUCGACAGCGGCGUGGGCGGUCGCGUCGGCGCCAGAAUCGGCCACGCCCUCCGCCGUCUCACCACCACCGGGUCUCAGCAAGUGCUCUGCGUCACCCACCUUCCCCAGGUCGCCGCAUGCGGCGACGCUCACCUCAUCGUCUCUAAAGCUCCCGACGUCGACGGCAGAACCACCAUUGACAUCCGCCGCAUUCACGAGCGCGACCGUCGCGUCGAAGAGAUCUCCCAGAUGCUCGGCAUCGGCGAUGUCCAAGGUCGGGAGUCCGCCGAGCGUCUCGUCGACGAGGCCAUCGCCGCUUUCAACUAA